AGUAGCUCGCUACGCUACAGAUGUGACCUUCUACCGUAUUCCGGGAUGUCGACUGGAAGACCGUUCUUGUCGCACCAGCGUAUUGUCGACCUCCUACCGCAUUCUGUCGGCCACUGUCGCGAAACUACUUUUUGACCCAUGUGAGUUGAGUUAUUGAAGGGGGUUGUUUUUUUUUUUUUGGUUCUACUUGUCUGGUUACUGUUGCGGGCUUCAGUCGGUGUCCGGAGAGGCAGCAGAAGGGUGGAAGAUGGCGUCGGCCGACGGUGCAAGCAGCAGCAGCAGCAGCAGCAAAGAGGACGAAUUCAUGAGGUAUCGGUCGCCGCUGGUGUCGCGGUACGCCAGCAAGGAGAUGGCUUACAACUUCAGCGACAGGAAGAAAUUCACCACCUGGAGAAAACUGUGGAUCUUUCUCGCCAAAGCGGAGAAGGAGCUGGGGCUGGCCGUCACGGAGGAGCAGAUUGCCGAGAUGGAGAGCCAGGCGGAGGAGAUCGACUUCCCGCGCGCGGCGGAGGAGGAGCCGCCGCCGCCGUGGCGACCGGGGGAAGCCGUUUUUGAGGCCGAGGCGGUUCAGGGCGGCUUUGGGCUCGGGUCCCGGAGACCGACGCGGGGACACGGAGAGGGUGAAACCUGGAAUUCAGGCCUUAACUUUGGUGUCCUGACGCUCUCGCAGGUGGAAGAGCUGGACAGGCUGGUGACGGAAAUGGCCGGCUUCAAAAAGGCGUACCUGGUGACCGGACAGACGUACAGCCGCAAAGUGGACAUAGACUCGCUGGCGGCGCUGGCCAGCCUAGGCGCCACUGUUCACAAGAUUUGCACUGACAUCCGUCUCCUCGCCAACCUGAAAGAGAUCGAGGAGCCCUUUGAGAAGGAGCAGAUCGGCUCCAGUGCCAUGCCCUACAAGAGGAAUCCCAUGCGCAGCGAGCGCUGCUGCAGUCUGGCCCGACACCUCAUGACCCUGCUGUCCGACCCCCUGCAGACCGCCGCCGUGCAGUGGCUGGAGAGGACACUGGACGACAGCGCCAACCGGUACGGGCAGGGGACACGGGGGGACCCCUCCACCUCAGCCACAGCGCCCCGAAAAGAGCAGGCAGCCGUCUCCAGCAGGGGUCCGCAGACCCGCGCGGCCAGCAGAGCGCAGGCAGCGCCCCCCGCAGGCCGGGCCAGAGCAGCGCCUGAGCCCGCAGGCAGCUCCAGCCGAGCACCGCAAACCAGAGCUACCAGCAGGACCCAGACAGCGCCCCCCGCAGGCAGGGCCAGGGGUGCCCCUGGGAAGGAGCGGCCGAAGGAGGCCGAGGAGGAGAAGAAGCCCGGCGAGCUGCCUGGGAGGAAACAGCAGGAAAUAAGCCAGGACCCCCCCAGCCUGGGAUCAGCGGAGGGGGAGACGGACAGUGGGGCGCCGGAGGGGACCCCGCCCUCCUCGGCCACGGACGCAGCCGCCGGCCAGGCGGAGAGUGUGAAGACGCCCCCGCCUUCCUUCGCCCCCCAGGACUUCGUGUUCCAGCCCCCCCAGGGCCUGGGCGCCUUCUCGCUGAACCCCAUGACGCCCCGCAGCGCCGACGCCUUCCUCACGCCCACCUACCACUGGAGCCCCCGGAUACACCCCGCAAGGUCUGAGGCGCGCCCUCGUCCUCUCUUUCUCUCCUUGUCGCUGUGCAGCUGCACGUCUGACAGGGAAGGUGGGGGGGGUGUCCCGUCGUCUUGUCUCGCUCUGCCUCCUUGAGAGCCUCAGCCGUUAAAGAGCACCGCGUUCCCCAAAACCACUGCAGGCGGGGAGAAGAUGGGGCGCCACCCCAUUGUCACCCAGUUGUCUGCAGCACCCCAGGAGAAGCACUGUUGUGAAGCCUGUCUGAUAGGG